GUAAGCAUUUUCCCUGCUGUUAAAGCACCUGUGGAAUUUUCUACUCAGGUGACUUCUGGGGAUUAUAUUUUGUGGAACACACUAGGAAAAUGUCCUGUUGCUUCCACACCCAAAGCAUAGAGUUGCAAAAUAUAUUGUUGGCAUAUCUGUUAGGAGCAAUGACAGACGGUUAUCUUGUUGGAUGGCUGCUGAGUUUGAGAGGCGAGCACAAAGAGGCUGUAUGCAAAAGAUAUGUAUAGUGGGACAAUUUGGUGACCAGUUCCUCUUGCAGUUAGAUUGCACAGGUGGGAAGUGGAUGACUCAUGUUUCUUGGCAUUUGGUAUUUGUGGCACAAGAUUAUUUAAGACGUGUACAACUACUUCUUGGAUACUCAGGUCACACAUAAUUAGUUAGCUGUAUAUUAUGAGAACUAACUGCAUACUUGUACUUGCUUGUGUUGUCUUGGUGUUUCUACUAGGUGAAAGAUACUCUUCCUAGAGAGACUCAGUCUCGUGCCUUCUGCUGUUACAGACAUGCUUUUGCGAGAAACUUGAUCAGCAGUUUACCCCUUGCUUCAUUUGAAUUUUAUAAAACUGGAAAGAUGCUGAGAUUUCUAGCUCUAAGAAGCGUUUGGUUACUGGGUCUCGUACCUCCUGCUGUAACACAUAUUUAUCCAGUGUUUGGUUAUGGGUAUUAGCUCAUACUGGUUUAUAUUUUAUACCAAAUUCUUGGUAUUCUUUAUGUGUAUUAGCUCAUACUGGUUUAUAUUUUAUACCAAAUUCUUGGUAUUCUUUAUGUGUAUUAGCUCAUACUGGUUUAUAUUUUAUACCAAAUUCUUGGUAUUCUUUAUCCUA